AUGCACAAGUCAACAAAGAGAAAGUUUCAAAGCAGUAAUCUUGUUGCCCUUUACUACUUAACAAAUGACUUGAUUAUUGCAGUUGAUAUCACCCUUGAUGCUGACACGGCUCAUCCGAGGCUGCAAGUGUCAGAAGAUGGGAAGAGUGUGACUGAUACUGGUGCAAUCAGAAGGGUGCCCAGCAAGAAGGAGAGAUUUGAUGCCCAUGCUUUUGUGUUGGCAAAGGAAGCUUAUGCAUCUGGAAGACACUACUGGGAAGUGGAUGUUGGAAAGAGGAGAAACUGGAUCUUGGGUGUUGCUCAGGAGACUGUGACACGCAAAGGAAAAUUGUUUCUCUCUCCUCAGAACGGCUUCUGGGCCAUAGGGGUGGCAGAUGGGCGAGACUAUUGGGCUUACACGGAUCCUUGGACCCGUUUGACUGUGAGUGGUAGACCACGAAAGAUUGGGAUCUUCCUGGAUAUCUCAGCCAAGAAGCUGUCUUUUUACAAUGUCCACCAGAAAAAUGCUUUGUAUGUUUUUUCCUUUGAGGAUGACUGCGGCCAGAAGGUGAAGCUCUUUCCUUUCUUCUCGACAGGUUCCACUGCAACAAAGGUUGACACUGAGCCUCUACAAAUAGCACAGGGGUUUGAUGGUGAUGAGAGGUGA